AUGCUGUUUGUACCACGUAUAUUCCUUUGGUCUACCGCAGCCACCAGCUUGUGCGCGUCGACAAACGAUCCGGCCACUGCACUGGCUGGGAUGCGCCUGCGGUUACAGCGCAGCAGCACGGAUCGACAACAGUCAUUCUCUUCUGUCAAGAAGGAUAAAGAACGGAUGACUGGCUGCUGUGGUGGCCAGGCCGCUAGUGAGAGAAUGGAGGCGGGCUUUGUUUCCUCUUUGGUUGUCCCUGGUAGGUACCUAGGGAGCGUACCCUGGCCUGCUUGCUUGGUAGGAAGACGCCUCGAGGACACCGUCACCGUCGGCACUCCUGCAAGCCACCUCCCCGUCUGUGCACCUCCUGGCAGUGGCCGGCUGGCUGGCACAAACGGCACAGUGCCACGAGACAGUGCCGGAGCGUCCGCCACACAUGGCAAACAGUUGCGGAGACUGGCUCUCCCCGCCCACGAACUGGAAAUCCCCCCCCAGCCGAACCACCAAGCCAACCUAAUCCAGAAGCAGCACAACAAGGGACGAAAAAUCCCCCAAAUCCCACUCCGCUCUCACGGCAGUCCUCAUCGCCCAAUGUCGAAGAAGGCCGCCGAGUCCGGGUCCCGUGCUACUGCUGCUUACAUCCCAACUCGUGUCCUCAUCGGCCACUGGGUGCACUCGAGCGAGCCCGAGCCCAACCAACACGCCGUCUACGGCAUUCUCAGCCGCGAUGGCAAGCUGCGCUUCAAACUCGUCCCCGAGACCCGCGAGGGCCGCGCCAUCCAGGGCAACUACCCGCCCUCGCGCGAGACCUGGGUCAUCCACGAGGAUAUUGUCUUUGAAUCCUACCUCUCCAACCUCAACCGCCUCGGCAUGAAGGAGUACUGCCGCGAGCGGGGCCGCCAGGUCGACGAGGGCGAGAAGCCCGGCGGACCAGACAACGCUGCCAACAUCCUCAAGGCCGUCGACAAGGCCGAGCACCUCUGCGCCGCCGCCAAGCAUGAGCGUCCUCGCAACCUGCGCUGGGAGCGCGAAAAGUGCGCCGACCGCCGUCGCGCCGUCCGUAUGGAGGGUUGGGCCUCGCGACGCGCCAGCAAUGGCGACGAAGUUGGCGCCGUCGUGCCAGAGGCCGUCCUGGGUGCCACCCCGGCCGAGGCGGGCGCCGGCGUCAGGAAGAAGAGAAAGAAGCACGGCGAGCGCCGCACCGUCUACCACCAUGACCACGUCUCCGAGGCCGCCGUGGCUGCCGCCGCCGCCGCCGCUGUGGUGGACCCGGACAAGUCGGGCUUUGCGGACAGCAGCCGUGAUUCCAUGGAGAUGAGCACGACAUCUUCCGUGACGGACAGCUCCGCGGAUGAUACCAAACCCAAAGUUUACAACGGUGUCAUCUACCAGCGAAACCCGACGGGACCCUUUGCGGGCAAGCUCACGGCCAAGGGCCAGGUCGUCUCCAUCAACGGCGAGGACUAUGUUGAAUAUCGCGUUCUUGCCAAACAGUUGUUUCUCGCCUCACAUGCGCGUAAUAUGGUGUGUCUCAUGAGCACCCCUCACGUGUUCCCACUCUUUCACUUUUAUCCAAAAACAAUGACAUUCUUGCCAUCGCUCUUGCCAUCCAGAUACACCUUACGCAUGUCCUCGGCCUGCUUCUUGUCCGCAAUCAGCGACCCGACGAGCUGCAUGCAAGUCGCCGAAGAUGAAAUACGGCAGCGUGAUGCCCUUGUCCGGCUGGCCGACGAGGACCAGCUUGCCGUGCUUUUGCGUGCCGGCGGCGGCAAAAUCAAACGCGGCCGGCCCGUCGGUCGCGAGGAUGGCGGCGUCGACACCCGGAUACCGGCCCGGCACCACUUCGCUGAUUCGGCGCACGGCGUUCUCGGCGGGGUCCGUGGCGAGGACGCUCACAUCGGGUUUCCAGCGAUACGAGCUGGCCAGGUCGAUGGAGCUCUGCUUGAUAUCGACGGCGAUAACCUUGUAGCCCUGCCCCGCUAUGGUGAUGCCCGCGCAUUUAUUGUUCAAAGGUUUUCCGACGAUUUUAAGAAAAAGUUCAAUAAAGGCUUGAAUGUCAUACUUACAGAAGAUCCGAUUUCUCACCCGCCUUGCCGCUCCCUCCAAACAACUAGACUGGGCAAAAACCCUGGAGGAUGCCAAGAAGAUAGAGCCUUAAUGCCGCAGACGUUGAAGACUUUGUAA